AUGAGCCUCGGAUACCCACUACGAAUUCCUUACGAGGAAAUAGUGUGUGGCGUGGAGCAGGCUAUUUCACGUAAUAAAGUUCCAACCGCGGAUGCAGAAGUUAUAAGGCAGGAUAUAGCGGUGAUAUUACGUAAGUCGAAGCUGCCAAAGAGUAACAUAACUACAGAAGAGCGGCUAGCACUUAAACAGUUAAGAAACAACAAUGACAUCUUAGUACUAAGGGCUGAUAAAGGAAACGCUACUGUAGUUAUGAGUACCGAAGAAUAUGUGCAGAAAAUAAGGAGUUUGCUGUCUGACACAAAUGUAUACAAGCAAGUGUCAUACAAUCCAACGGCCAGUGUUACUCGGCGCAUUCGAACUUUGAUCCACGAAAACAAAGAUGUCUUCACGGAGGACGAGUACAAUUUUCUACACAAACCCAAACCUGUGCAACCCCCUAAGCUAUAUGGUCUGCCUAAAAUUCACAAAAGGAACAUUCCUCUGAGGCCCAUUGUGAGUAAAAUUGACUCUCCGACAUACAACUUGGCUAAACAUGUUGCUGGAGUGCUGCGACCAUUAGUUGGGAAAACACCGUCUUUCGUGAAGGAUUCGGUCCAUUUCAGGGACAUAGUGAAGAGUAUGAGGUUGGAACCCGGAGAUACCAUGGUGGGUUUCGAUGUUGAGUCACUCUUUACUAACGUUCGACUCAAGGAUUGCAUCGAGGUGAUUAAAAACAAGCUGUGUGACCAUGAGUUGCCUAAGGAAUAUAUUGUUCUCAUUGAACACUGUUUGGACGGUAAUUACCUUCUCUUCAGAGAUCAGUACUACCUCCAGAUCGAUGGCGUUGCAAUGGGUAGCCCUCUGGCACCGAUAAUUGCAAAUAUCUGGAUGGAGCACUUUGAAGACCUAGCUUUAGCUACUGGACCAUGUACUGUAAAGCUUUGGAAGAGGUACGUUGAUGAUGUUUUUUGCAUUAUUAAUGGAGGUCAACAGGAAAUAGAACAGUAUGUUAAUUACCUUAACUCAAUCCAUCCAAAAAUAAAGUUCACCUACGAGAUGGAGAAAAACAGAUGCCUCGCAUUUUUGGAUGUGGAGAUCAAAGUGAAGGAGGAUGGUCUGCCAGUUUGCCAGCUGCAAGACUUCUGGCUCCUUUGGGCACAUGUUUCAGGGCAGGGCAUGGGCAGCAUGUAA